AACCCCAUUCAGCCAUUCUAUUCGAUUGAUACUCUUCCUGCAUUGUUCUCCUUCAAUAGCAGAACACCGAAAGGAAAGCUCUCCUUACUAUGUGGAUUCUGCUCCUUCGACAGAGGAUUUCUCUUCACACGUCUUUCUCCCUUGCUUCCCUCUUCUCUCACUCUCUCGUCCGAGUCGUUCUCCCUCUCUGUAUCUCUCGAAAUCAUGGAGAGAAACCCUAACUCUUUUUCUUUGCAGGGUUUGCAAUUGGGGUUUCGAUGGUUUUUCACAUGGUUCUCCCCUGCUUCAUCUUCCAAAAUCUCAGUUAUUGUUUUAUUAGGGUUUCUGGGAGUAUGUUUUGAAUAGGAAAAAGUUGACGUUGUGAAAUGUUGGCCGUUUGGUAGUGGAGACGGAGAGCAGGAGAAGGCAGCAGAAGAGAUAGAGAAGCUGCUUCCGCAAUUAACGUAUCGGAAAUUUCGUUGGUGGUUAGAAGAUCUGGAGGUGAUAAGAUCUCAAGAAGUUGUCGGUGACAACACGAAGAUUAUAGAUGAAACCGGGAAAACAGUUUCCGGCGUUGAAAGUGGCCUUUUGUCCCAAAAUCUGGGUUUUGGCGCUGGAAAUAUGGAUUUGCAUGGUUCAUCAAGAAGCAUCUCCCAUUGUUCUAAGAGUUAUUCAAUGCCUAGUUCCAAUCCUUCAACAUGCCGAGGGGCUUAACAAAUCACUCAUAGAAAAUAGUGCCAUCACUCUUGGGAGGCUUGCAUGGGUCUGUCCAGAACUUGUAUCACCUCAUAUGGAGAAUUUCUUGCAAUCAUGGUGUACUGCUUUAUCCAUGAUCAUGGAUCCUCCAAGCGGAAGCAUAUGGGGGUUUCAUUUCCCUCGAGGGUUAAUGUCUUUAAAUUGGAGGUAUUGAGUAAUAAUGUAAACAUCUUCCAUAGUUUCAGUUCAGGAAAUUUUGUUUUCCCUUAUUUAUCAAAAAAAAUGUUUUCCCUUCAGUUGCUCCUAGAUUUGAGUGUUUGAUAUCUUCAGCGUGGCUUGGGUUUUCCUUCAACAGAUGCAUUUUUUUUUUUUAUAGUUGCAUUGCUCUUCUUUUAGGGAAAGGGGCAAGUUGCUAUUGUUAUCUCCCAUUUGGCUAUAAUUUUAGGCAUUUAAUGAAAGGCUGUAAAUAAAAAAUCCUUCACUGUUUCUUAAUGAACUAGAAAGGACAGAAUCAGAAAUAAACUUAUUUAAAGGAGCCUAAUAGUAGCUUCAAUAGGUGAUAAAAUGAGGAAACAUAGGACAAGAUGGUUUGGUCAUGUCUAGAUGACUCUAUGUACAACAUGAGUAGAAGAAUGAUCUGUUACAAGUUUAUGGUUCUAGAAGAGCAGAGGGUAGACCAAAGAGGACAUGGUUUGAAGUAGUAGCAAAUGGUUUAAUGGCCCAGAAUUUAGCAAUGGAUAUGGUACUGAAUAGAGUGGAAAGAUGGAACAGGAUUCAUAUAGUCGGUCCCAUGUAGUUGGGGCUGUGACUCUUGGAUGUUUCUUGGCCUCCCAAUUGGUGCUGAAGCUUAUUUAGUUUCUACAUGGCAACCUUUAUCAGUAAGUUUUGAAAGAGCUGGUUGGAAGUGCAAGCAUCUUUCCUUGGUAUCAAAGUUACUGUUAUAAAGAAUGUAUUGACAAUAAUGCCCACCAUUACCUAUCUCUGCUUAAAGUUCUAGCCUCCAUGGAUGAGACGACCAGAAAAGAUUCAGUUCUGUAAUGUCAAAUAAAAGAGAAGGUAAGAUUCGAUAGGGUUUAGAAGAAUUAGGGCUGAGUAAAGCUAUUAUGGGAAAGUGGCUUUGGAAGUUUGGGUCGAAAUGGGAAGCUUUAUGUAUAAGGUUUAGGCAAGGUUCAAAGUAUCGGAAACGCUAUGCAUAUCGGAAAGGCAAAUUUAAGAGAUGUAUCAGGAUACACCUUGGAUACGCAUGGAUAUGGACGAAAAAUUAAGAUACGCAUGGAAACACAUGCAAGUGCUAUAAAUACUCUAUCAUAAAUAAACAUUAAUAUCACUAAAUAUAAGACAUAAAUGAGCUAUUUAUUCAUAAAAAUAACAUGUUUUAGUGGGUUUUAUGAAAAAGAACAUAUUAUAAUCAAUAAACGGGAAGUCAGGAACAGAAACAUACUAUCUAAUUAUGGACAUUAUAGAUCAAGUAAUUAUUUUGCAUGUUUUAUU